GAAAUCCGCUGGCCCCGCCCUGUUGGCUGCGGAAGCGCGUCAGCUCGGGCGGCUCCCCGGCUAGCGCGGUUUCCAUCGCGGCGGACCGAGUAGCGCGUCGCGGACGCAACUAUGUGGGCUCUGGGGACCUGGGUGCUGCUGGGCGCCGUGUGCUCGGGUUCUGCCCAGUUGCAGUUCAAUGUAAUCAAGUCUGUUGAACAAACCAUUUGUAAUAAAACAGUCAUCAUACCUUGCAUAGUGACUAAUCUAAUACAGAACAAUAUUGGAACCAUGUUUGUUAAAUGGAAACUAGAAAAAAAACCAUUUUUCAUUUUUCGAGGAUCCACAAGAACGAUGGAGAGAAAUGAGAGUUUUUCAUCUGCUGAGUUAGAAUCUGAACAAAAUUUAACGUCUGGCAUUGCAUCAUUAAAAAUCUCAAGAACGCAAGCAGUUCAAGGAAACUACAGUUGUGAAGUGACAGAAUCGAGUAGGGAAGGAGAAACUGUAAUUGAACUUAUAUACCAUAGAGUGGCGUGGUUUACACCAGUAGAAAAUAUUCUCAUCAUACUCUGCAUGGUCUUGGCUAUUUUGUUUUAUUGGAUUCAGUUAGCCGUUACUGUAUCAAAAUUUGAAACUAGACUUCUGAAGAUCGGCUUAUUUAUUGCAGGAGUUGUCAUCACAAUUUCUGCUGUUGUUGGUUUUAGUCUUUUAAUUUCAGAUGACUUUAAGCCAGAGAAUCAAAUUGGACUUGGUUUAAUUGUACUCCCUGCUGUGAUUUUAGUGCCAUGUCAGUACUUUCUGCUUCAGAUAGUUUAUGAGAAUAAUCUAUCAUUUGCAAUUGGUGUGGUAAUUCUGGAAUCACUUGGUUAUUUGAUUGCUGUCAUUGGAUUUGGCCUGUGCAUUACAGCAUGCCGUCCAAAAAAUGGUGCUGUUGUGAUUGCUGGCUUAGCCAUUAUGGCUCUUAUUGCACUUGUUGGCCUAAUUUAUGCGAUUCUUUCGGGUUACAGCAAGAAAGAACAACCUCCAAGGAAAGCUGUAGAAGAACCACUUAAUGAUGCAAAAGGAGUGAUGUUAGAAUGAUGCGAAACUAACUGGCGAGAGUGACAGAACCUGCUACAGAGGUGGUGAUAUGUGAAAAGAAAUACAUUUGUUUAUACACCGUGGCCUUUGAUGAUGCACUAGUCAAAGAGAAGAAAAUCAGGAACGUAGCUGUUUUGCACGUUUGGGGGGGGAAAAAUGCUAAAAUGAUUUACAUGUAAUUUUAUAGUCACAGCAGCGGUAGUUCCAUUCAAGAGAGAGAGAGUUUUGUUGUUGUUUUUUUUCCUGGAGUGUGUGGGGAGGGAGAGGGAGAGAGCAGAAAAUGAACUAUUUAUUGACCAUGCAAUUUCUUUAUAGUGUCACUAUUAGUGUACCCUUUUCAAAAAACAUCAGUCAUUGCUUUGAAACUGGGCCAGGUCAGUGACCAAAUGAUACUAGCACUAUGCUACUUGGAUAGACCUUUGUGAUAAUUUAAACAAAUUGGUAUUGCAUGUUUCUCUCCUGACUCACCCUCUCUCCCCUCAAAUAUUAAAAAAAAAUCCACUGUCGCUACUAUGAAGUUUAAUAUGAUAAAGGUUGUAAUUACAUUUAGAUUAGUGGGGUUUUGCGUGUGCAUGGGCAAGAUAUGUUCAUGCCUAUAUCGUAUGAAUAGGAAGUGGAUGUUGUACAAAUGUUACUCUUUCCACUUCCAGUGUAUGUAUUAUAGAAAACAAUGGCACUUACCACACUGAAAAAACCUGCAUAAACAAAACCACGCCUUUUUAAUGAUUACCCAAGUUCCCCCCAUUCCCACAUACUAUAAUAGUCUCCUUGUGUAUAUAUAGUAGUUAUGUGGUGUGCUUUGAUUACUGAUAUUUUAGUCUGAUGUUUUUUGUGCCUCUUGUUGUAGUCUUGAUUAAAUAUUACUCACCCUGAGUCAAAUUCAGUGCUACGGUUGUUGGGCACAACCCAUUGAUUUCAUUGUUGAAGGGUACCCUACAAUGUUCAAAUGGUACAGUGUGUGGUACCGAAACCAGUCUCAGGCUUUCUCCUUUGCAAACUGGCAUUUAAGAACCUCUUGAUGCUUUCAGAAAACGGAGAAUAAUCAAAGUUAGCAGCAAAUCUGCAUUUUAAAUCUGCCUCCUUAUUACCAAGAAUAUAUGCAUAAAAACAUGAGCUAUGUUAGUUCAUGGGAUCCUGCUGCUUAUGCCUUAAUUGAAAUGGUCAUCCUGACUUUGUGAUAUUGUCAUUAUAUCAUAAACAGAAGACUCUUUCAAACAGGGAAUAAGUAAAUUCAGCUUCUGAGCGUAUUCAAGUUUUACAUAUAAAAAUUUUUUAAAACCUAAUUAGAAUAAUUUCUUCAUCUUGUGUAGUCUGUGAGGCCUUGCUAACAGGUAUACUUUGCUUUCUUACUAGUUACAGUGGGUGAACCCUCAAUGUUCUCCUUUAACAAUUUUUUGUGACUAGAGAGAGCCAGGGCCAUGCUGCAGUUUGAUAUAGAGACCAUGGAAUUAACUGGGGGGGCGGGGAUAUGAUACUACAGCUUAUACUCACAUGCAUAGGCCCCAUGUGAGUACUGCAGGAUUGAGCACCUCAGCUAACCCACUUCACCCUAACAGAAGUCAAUGGGAUAUUCACAUGUGUAAAUGUUAGGGAGUAUAAGUUUGUAUUUGCUUUGUAAGGCUCUAUCCAUAUUGCUUUAAUUUUUUAAAGGUAUAUGGUUUUGGAAUGUGGUAUAGCAUCAGGGUAUUCAUAGAGAGUUGAAAUCCAUAUAUAUUAGUCCUUUGGUUAAGCCUCCCCCAUUAAUCAAAAUAGUCGAAGAAGGUAUGGAUCAUUAAUUAGAGGCAAUCCAGGGACUUCCCUAACAUUUAUGCAUGGGGCUCCUCAUCUACACACCUGUAGUUACUGAUAUCCUCUAGUAGUUUAUAGCAGCUCCACAAAGUAGCAGGCUUUGAAAUUCUGUUUUGCCUUACUCUUAAUAUAGCUUUAUAAUCAACUGUCAGCAAACUGGAAUUUAGCAGCCACUGUUGUUGUGAAGUCAAAUUCCUUUAAUAAAAUAUUACCAAAAAGAUUCAGUACCCAAUACUUGUCUAUUAAUCAUACUGCUGUAUGCAAAGCUCUGCUUUGGAUUUCUCUUGGGCACCAGUUGAAAGUGGGUUAGUUAAUUUCUUAGUCACUUAACACUACCUUCCCUCCGGUAAAAACCAAAGUUGUUUAAAUGACUGAUUCCAGUGUUUGUGUAUAUAUAUAAACCAUAUUCUCAUGAUUUGGCAUUUUGGAUAUCUGCAAUCUUUACCCAAGUGGUGGUGUUUAUGAAUAUAACUUUGUAAAUAUUGCACUAUUAUACUUAAAAUAAAACCAUAUUAAACUG